GUUUGACUGCCGAGGACAGAUGAGGAGCUGCAGGUAAAUGUUAAAUCAGCCGUGAGCGUGUCAUCUGGCGUGUUACAGUCUUGACGUCUUCCGGAGCGGGGCUGUGCCGGGGUGUGAGGGGCUGCGGGCGAGGUCAGUAUCAGAAGGUGACAGUUUUGUGAAACCCUGAGCCAUGGCUUUCAAUGGAGAUUGGAAAGUCUGUGAAAAUGAUAACUUUGAGGCAGUUCUAAUUGCCUUGGGGGUGCCUGAGCAGCACAGGACCAAGAUGCUGGAGGACAAGACGGAGAUGAACAUCAAGCAGGUGGGCGGCACCUUCACCAUCGAGGAGAGAAGCUGCCUCCGCACAAAGACCUCGGAGUGGAACGUGGACGAAGAAUUUGAAAGUCCUCUCGCUGACGGGAGUCAAGUGAAGGGAACAUUUGGCUUGUCCAAACCAAAUUGCUUGAAUGGACAUUUUAAGAGGCUCUCGGAUGGAAAAGAGUUCAGCAUCAUGAGAGAAGUUAGUGGUGAUACACUGGUGCAGGUGAUGAAGAUCGAUGGACAGGAAGCCAAAAGAAUCUUCAAGAAAAAAUAAGGCAGCAGAGUUGAGAGAUGCCGUCAGGAUUCAAAUAUAAAACAGUGCCAACGUAGUACAUCGUGUGUGCCAACUAUAUUCAGCAGCUGUUCAAUCAGAUUCUAUUUACUGAUCUGAUGUACAAGUUUUACUGCAUAAUUCCAUGAGCUGUAAAUUGAUGGAUGACAUUAUGCAAACAGGUGAUCUUCUACUGAACCAAUAAAAAGGUGGAGGAAGUGAG